AACGCAAUUUUAUAUUUCAUAUGUAAAGAUCAUAGACCGUUUUAUAGCCUUGAAGGUAAAGGAUUUCGCCGAUUAAUGAAAAGAAGUGGCGCCUCUUUAUACCAUUCCGCAUGUGUCCACGAUUAAAAAUGCACUGGAUAUGAAAUACGAAGCCAUAUCCGAAGUUUACAAGAAAGUUUUUUCCGGAAUUUCUCAUUUUUCGGUAACAUGCGACAUUUGGUCUGAGAUGAUGACUUGUCGAAGCUUUUUAGGAGUAACUGUACAUUAUAUGAUGGAUAAUAAACUAUGUUCAACAUCUAUCGAGGUGCAUGAAUUAAAUGAGCGCCAUACUGGCAGCUAUGUUGGUGCCCAGAUGAAGGAACUUCUAAAUAAAUGGAACAUUGCUGAAGAAAAAGUGGUAGCAUUUAUAACGGAUAGUGGCGCUAACAUGGUAAGUGCCAUGCACCAAACUUUUGGGAAAGAUCGGCAUAUUUCAUGCUUUGCUCAUUUAAUAAACCUGGUAACUGAUAUUAUUUUAAAGCCAAAGCCAAAUAAAGAUGAACAAGAACAACACAUACAUCACCACCAUAUUUCCGCGGUAAUAGAAAAAGUACGGGAAAUUGUCAAAUGGGUAAAAAAUAGCGUCAACCAGAGCGAUGAACUUAGAAAAUUGCAAAUAAAUGCUGGUGAAUCUUCAGGAAUUCCCAAAAAGUUGAUUUUAGAUGUAAAAACCCGGUGGAACUCUACGUAUCACAUGUUAAUUCGUUUUAAAGAACUAGCGGGCAUACUUAACGAUUUGCUUUUGUUUGCAUCAAAUGCCCCCAUAAUGGUGAACGCAGUAGAGAUGGUGCAAAUAAAAGAAAUCAUAUUGCUAUUAAAACGUCUGGAAUUUAUAACAAAUGAGCUAUCAGGUGAAGGUUUCGUAACCAUAUCGAAAGUUAUUCCACUGAUAAAUUGUUUAAUGAAUAAUAUCGAAACAAUAAAUUUAGAUACCGACAUAGUUCUUGAAGCCAAACAGCAAUUAGUGGCAGAACUCAAAAAAAAGAUUUGGAAAAAUAGAAUUCUAUUCAAUUAUAGCGAUGGCAACUAUUUUGGAUCCACGAUUUAAAAACGUACAUUUCAAGGAACCUAGGGCACUUGCAAAUGCAUUUGCAGCCAUUAAAGAAAUGAUGAAAAAAGAAAAUCGUCAUCAGCAUCCGGCAACAUAUACUGAACAAAUAGAAGAAAAAGUCGCAAAUGAUUUUUGGAACCAUCAUAAAACAUUACUUGAAAAUAGAAGCCGCCAACCAAAACCUUCUGAAGGUGUUAAAGAAGAACUACAAUCAUACCUUAAACAUUCGUUGGCACCCUUAUCCAGUGACCCUUUAGAAGAAUGGACAAAGAUGAAAGCUAUUUACCCUCAGUUGUAUAAAUUAGCCUUGAUGUUCGUUACAGUAGUGGCUACUUCUGUUCCGGCAGAGCGUCUCUUCACCAAGGCAAGUUUUAUAGUAAGCGAGACUAGAAAUCGGCUCUUGGGCAAAAGACUAAACAAAUUGAUAUUUCUCUCUACUAUUGGAGAAAAUGAUUGGUUUCAAUGAUUCUACACAUAUAUUUUUUUUAAUGUUAAACUACGAG